AAGCUUACACCUGUUGCCUGUGGGCCGCGUCCGUGCGCAGAAACGCGCCAAGAGAGACGGGCCCUGGCCCUGAGCGAGUUGCUUCUUGUCGCAGUGAUCAAAAGCGCGGAAACGUCUCUGAGCAUCAUCUAACUUCAGUUCCUUUCAGCGCAGUCGAGGUGACCAGCCUGGCAUCGACCACGACAUACGUCGUACCAUGCCUUGAACUCUGUUCGGCCGCUGCAUCUUCUUUCACUUUUUCUUCUCCUGCUCGGUCUUAUUAACUGCUUCAUUAAGGUUCGGUUUCUUCUACUUUUGAUUUACUACCACAUGUGCCGCCGUUCGGUUUGCUUUUCAACUACCACUUGCCAGAAAUACCUAAUUGCCAUCUUUCAAUAGUCACCAUGACUGAACGCGUCUACGGCGUCACGCCGCCCAUCUCGACGGCUCUCCCCACCGAGGCAGAGAAGCGAAUGCACCAGGCGCUCCAUGAGGAGCUGCGUGCCCAGGGCACUUUCGAGAGUCGCGCCGAGACAGAAGCGAGGAAGAAGGUUAUUACUCAGCUUGAGAAAAUCACAACUGCGUUUGUCAAGAAGGCUACGGCCGAGACCCAAAACUCGUUCAUGGUGCGCGAAGCGAUUGGGAGGGUGUUUACUUAUGGCAGUUACCGUCUUGGUGUCUAUGGUCCGGGUUCCGAUAUCGAUACCCUGGUGGUGGCCCCCAAGCAUGUCACGACCGAGCAGUACUUCCGUCUCUUUCCUCCCCUCCUCGUCGAGAUGGCUCCCCCCGGCGCCAUCACUGAUCUCACUCCAGUCCCCGACGCCUUUGUGCCCAUAAUCAAGUUUGAGUUUUCCGGUAUCAGCAUCGAUCUGAUCUUUUGCUCCAUCAAAGGUCUCACCCAGAUUCCCGAGGACAAGAGUUGGAACCUGACCGACAACACUCUGCUGCGCGGACUGAGUGAAAAUGAGGUGCGUUCGCUCAACGGAACAAGAGUCACAGAUGAGAUCCUCAACCUCGUCCCCGAACCUGCUACCUUUAAACUAGCUCUCCGGGCCAUCAAGCUGUGGGCGCAGCGCAAAGCCAUCUAUGCGAACAUUAUGGGUUUCCCCGGAGGUGUUGCCUGGGCCAUGCUGGUUGCCAGAGUGUGCCAGCUGUAUCCCAAAGCAACAAGUGCGGUUGUGGUGAACAAGUUCUUUCAUAUCAUGUUGAAGUGGCCCUGGCCGCUGCCUGUCUUGCUCAAGGAUAUCGAGUACAACAUUUCCGUUACACGGGCCCCUGUUUGGAAUCCCAAGCUAUACUCCAGCGACAGAAACCACAGGAUGCCCAUCAUCACCCCAGCAUACCCAGCCAUGUGCGCAACCCACAACAUCAACAGGUCCUCCAAGGUGGUGAUCAUGCAAGAGUUGGAGAAAGGAGUCCAGGUAACUGAGGAAAUCAUGACAGGCAGAGCACCGUGGAAGGCGCUAUUCACCAAACAUACCUUCUUCACGUCUGACUUUCGGUAUUACCUUACAGUCAUUUCGUCUAGCAGGACCAAGGAUGCCCAGAACGUGUGGUCAGGUUUCAUUGAGUCGAGGGUGCGUGUUCUUGUGAACAAGAUUGAGAAUCAUGCCGCCAUAGUACUGGCGCGCCCAUUCAACAAGGGAUACGACCGUCAGCACCGUUGCCAAAAUUAUGAGCAGCUUGGAGAUGUGGUCAACAGCGGAAGCUUGGCAUACCUGUACAAGCCCACGCCCGAAGAGGAGAAGGCCAAGGGUGAAGCCAAGACAGAAGUCAAGGCAGAGUUGAUCAAUGCGAAUCUGAAGCCAGAGAGUGUGUUGCAAGAUGGCCCAGUCGUUAAGCCCGAGCCUGGUACCGAGAUUGCAGCACCCCCGCCCGUUACCGCAGCAGAUGGAGCUGCCAUCAAGCCAGAACCGGGCGCAGAGUCAGCCAUGCCACCCCCGGCGCCACCACCAGUCGCCGAUGGGGUCAAGAAGGAAGAAAUCACAAAGAAUGGAGAUGGAGUCGAACAGAAAGACGGCAAUGACGGCGAAGUCAAGCUUGCCGAUAUCCCGGAGAAGAAACAGGAACUGGAAGUGUUUACCACUAACUACUACAUUGGGCUACAGCUGGGCAAGACGCCCGCGUCACUCGAUCUUUCUCGCGAGGUCCAGGAGUGGAUGAGCAUGUGUCGCAGCAGCGACCUCUAUAAGGAAGGCGUCAACUUUCUCGCCGUCACCCACAUCAAGAACACGAUGCUUCCCGACGAUGUAUUCGAACCUGGCGAGGUGAGGCCGCGUCCCCCGAAGAAAAAGCUCAAGAGACAAGCGCCGGAUGAUUCUUCGGCGCAGCAACCGACAAAGAAAUCCAAGCCAGUCGGGUCAGCUCUGACCCCGGCCGUGAGCUAGCGGUCUCGUGCGAGCGUACCAUCAGACAGAAAGUUUUGAAGUGUAAAAAAGCAACACAUUGUUGAGUUAUGGGAUUUGGCACCUUUGAGAAGAUAAUCGCGAGAAAAAUUUACAACAGCGGCUGGGUUUUGGGGCGGCGGCGGCGACGGCGUUGGUCAUUGGGUAUGGGGUAGUGUAAAGUAGUUAGAUCUUUCUAGACUAAUAGAGUUAGGGUUUUGGGGCACAAGUGCCUCCCAAAUUUCUUCGGGUUGCUCUGGGUCAAUGGGGUGAUGAAAUGUAGUUUAUGCUAUGUCGAUGUAUAUAAUCAAAUGCU